CAGUGCGGGCCGGGUCCUGCUCAACCAUAGUCUGCCCAGGUCUUGGCGCCCUGGGAGAAAGUAGUAAAGAUGCUGGUGCGGUUUGGACGGCGCUGUGGACAGGCGAGAGAAAGCAAGGAAAUCAGGAACUCUGAAGAUGGUGGCAUUUCCUACCCACCUCUUCUACCUAGCAAGGUGGAUCUCCGGCAGGUUACCAUCAUCCCACACGAUGAGUGGGAAAGGAUUCAGGAUAGCCUGGGUGGUUUGACAAGGGAAGCAGCAGCUCUUCGCGCAGAAAGAAAGGCCAAGGAAGAAAUGCAUUUCCGAUCCCAAGAGGUGGUAAAACACUGGACUAAUACUUACGCAGGAUUGAAAGAACAGAAACUCAAAGCCAAAAAAAAGCGGGAUGAAGAAAUCGAAGCUGAAAGACAAAUCCUUGACCUGGAAGAGGAAAUAUACAAACAAGGAGAAAGAAAGAAGGCCAUUGAAUAUGCAAAGCAGUAUCAAUUUUACCAGACAGAACGAGUGAAAAACUUUCAUUCAGGACUUCUUCUCAGCAGAGCUAUGAAGGAACGUGAUGUCCAGGUUGAAUUCCAUAAGAGUAAGAUAAAAUCAGAUACCAGAUGGGAAGAGCAAUUGAAACUCAACAUUGAAAAGGCCUGGAAAGAAGAGCAAGAAAAAGCAGAAAAACAACACAGAGAAAGAGUGGCUCUUGCUGAGGAGCAUCUAAAACAAAUAAAGGAACAUGAAGAGGAAAAAGAAAAGAGGAAAAAACUUGAAGAAAAAGACGCUGAGGAGAUAAAACGACAGAACUUAUUGCAUGAAAUAGAAAUGAGAAAAAAACUAAAAAAGAAAAAGGAAGAGAUAGAUGAGAGCAGGAAGCUGUUUUUGGCACAUAUGUGUGAUAAAAACAUCAUCAAAGCUGUUAAGCAGCAGCAGCAAGAGGAGGAGGAUGAGAAGGUUCGAAUAUUUAUCAAAGCAAAAAAGCGUCUGGCACAAAUGAGGAGAGAAAAAGAAGCUGAAACACACAGGUUAAUGGAGGAACGGAGAGAAAAAAUAAAUAAUUUCCUGAGUGAACUAAUGAAAGAGAAACUUGAUAAUGAAGAUUUAGUUAUUGCUAAAGAUAUUGCAGAAGCUGAAGCUGAGUGGGAGAAAAAAGAAAAAGAAAAAUAUGAAAAAACCAAGGCAGAUUUAAAAGCGAUUGCAGAACAUAGAGCCAUUAUGAUGAAAAAUAAAGAGGAAGAAGAAAGACAAACGAAAAUAGAAGCUAAAGAACAAUUACUGGCUGUCAUGAAAGCAGAUCAAAUUUUCAGGGAGCAGGAAAAGGAGAAAAAACGCAAAGCUGAUAUAGAACGCCGAGAAGUUCAGGAUGCCCAUAUUCAGCAGAUGGCCAAAAAUAAAUUUAAUGCUCAACAAGCAAAAGAAGCAGAAUUAGAGUAUUGCAGACAUACUGAAUCUCUUGCAGCUGCAAAGGAGAAAGAAUUUCAGGAUUAUGCCAGAGAAGUGAUUGAACUUGAAUCUGAGUCAACAAAUAAAUAUAUUUACCCUCUUGUAAAAGCUGUACAGGAAGGACCUGGAGGUGGCCAUGGACCAGCUUUUGUGGAUCGAGGUGGCUUAAGACCAAGCUAUCAAGCGAAUGAUUUUACUGGUGUACAGCUCCCCUUUUAUAAUUCUCAGGGAUCAAAAUAUACUAAUUUACAGAAGUCUAAGAGAAGGCUAGGUUUUACAUGGUAGAAAAAUUUAAACAUUGAGAAGACUAAGUUGUAGGAAAUGAGCUACAAAUGUAAUACAAUGUUUGUUAAUAAAGCUCCUUUUCAUCUCAGUAC